GGCCCUGAGGCAGGAGGGGGUGAUGCAUGUGACACAGGUGUAGGGUCACCCCUGGGCUGGGGUCCCUCCGGAAGGCUGACCGGAAGAGGAGGAGGGCCACGGGCAGGCCGCCAGGAGCAGGUCUGUGCAAUGAGCCGCCCAGGGCUGGGCCUGCACCGGCUUCCUCCCACCUUGGGGCCUCCGUUCUUGGUCACCCCUGCCUGAGGGCGGCCCGGCCCCCUAGCAGCCCCCACAGGGCCAGAAGUGAUCUUGCAGCUGUAGGGACUUCAGCGUGGCUGCUGGAGGACCACUGGCUUCCUGGCGGGCUUUUAUCUUUUUGGGUUGUAGAUGGGGAGCAGCCUUACGGUGACACAGUGGCAGUGGCAGGGCCGGGGCCAGCGGGGACUUCUAACAGAGGCGAGCACGGUCCGGGCCUCACCCACGCCCUGAGGCUCUGGCCAGGCAUUUCUUCCUCACGGCAGCCCAGGGGGUGGGGGGCAGGCACACUCGUGACCCCCUUUCAGAGACGGGAAACAGAAGUUGGAGGACACGUGUCUCAGACACACGAGUACGUGGCAUUCCGACGCCAGGCCUGGGGUAGUUGGGCAUCCCAGGUCAUGUGACUGGUGUCCCUCCCCGUCUCUGCCAGCACUUGCUGAGAAGCUGGUAACUCCUGGUGGGCACGGCCCCUUCGCGCCCCAGCCCUGCCCAGACCCGGCUCUUUGUGGGGAGGCUGCAUGGAGAGAGGGAGCAGCUAUCGGGUGGGGAGCUCUGUGCCCGCCCGCAGGGGACUUGGCCUCUGUGAGCCUCUGUCUCCCCAUCUGGGAUGUGGGGGGCCAGUCCACAUUCCCAGGACAGGUAGAGCUAAGGAAGACAGACAGGCAACGGGAGCUUCGUGGCUGCUGCCCGAUCCGUGAUGGGAGUGGCAGCGUGGGUCCGGCCGUCCUCUCUGCCCUGAGAACCACAGCAGCAGCAUCCACAACGGGGUCAUUGCCGUCUUCCAGCGCAAGGGGCUGCCCGACCACGAGCUUUUCAGCCUCAACGAAGGCGUCCGGCAGCUGCUGAAGACAGAGCUGGGGUCCUUCUUCACGGAGUAUCUGCAGAACCAGCUGCUGACGAAAGGCAUGGUGAUCCUGCGGGACAAGAUCCGCUUGUAUGAGGGACAGAAACUGUUGGACUCGCUGGCGGAGACGUGGGACUUUUUCUUCAGUGACGUGCUGCCUACACUGCAGGCCAUCUUCUACCCGGUGCAGGGCAAGGAGCCGUCCGUGCGCCAGCUGGCCCUGCUGCACUUCCGGAACACCAUCACCCUUAGCGUGAAGCUGGAGGGGGCGCUGGCCCGCACCCACGCCCGCGUGCCCCCCGCCAUCGUGCAGAUGCUGCUGGUGCUGCAGGGGGUGCACGAGUCCCGGGGUGUGACCAAGGACUACCUGUGUCUGGAGACGCUGAUCCAGAAGGUGGUGUCGCCCUACCUGGGCACCUACGGCCUCCACUCCAGCGAGGGCCCCUUCACACACUCCUGCAUGCUGGGGAAGGCAGACCAACGACUAAACAGUCCCCAGAGGAGUCCCCAAGGUGACCCAUACCCAAGUGAUAAGAGGCCUGUGGGUGGAAAGCCCAGGCCAGACUGGAGGGUGAUGGCUGAGCUGAAGGACCAGGAGGAGCCAGGCCUGGGAAGAGGUGCACGUAGAGCGUCCUGGACGGAGGGGACAGAGGCACGAGGGCCACAGGGAGGAGAACUUGGACCCUGCCUGGCUAGGAAGGAGCCUCCGGCUCCCGCCCCGGAAAGGCCGCUGAGCGGCUCGCCGUGCGCAGUGCUGCCACCUAGGGUUCACUCUGCGGAACUGCAGGGCCCCGAGUGGGAGCCUGAGCUCUGCCCACCUCCCCCUUCCCACCCGCGCUGUCCUCUCCUGCCCCCCGCCCGGGGCGCCCACCACACUCGGAAUAAAACCUCAGCCACGAUCUCACGUGGAAAGGCCUUUUGUCAUCCUGCCUCUGUCCUGGCAUUUCACCACUUCCUGACCUAUGGCCCACCCACGUGGGCUUGUCACCCCCCCUCCCCCGCCACACACACACAUACACACACACACACACACAGGGACUCCUCCAGGCAGGAGCUGAGCCUGCCCUGGAAAGUGCUGGCUAAGAUUUUUGACUGCACAGGUGGGGAAACUGAGGCAUGUGUACCUUUGAACCCAGCAGUUGACUUGAGCACCCCCCCCCCCGCUCCCUCCACCCACCCCUGCCCAGCUCCUGCCCAUCCAGGGUGAGGCUGGGACUCAGGACGGAAAGGAAGGCGUCUCGUCGGGGCAGACGCAGUGUCGGAGCUGGGGUGGGCAUCCGUGUACCCCUCCCUCACUUGCCAGGCUGCCCCCGCAGAAGGGUGAGGUGGGGCUGGGCCGGGGAUCUGCACUCACUGGGCUUUUCC